UCUUCCCGCGAGAUAGACCCAUUCAGUAAGGUGCCGAUGUCUGUCGAAGCAGGUGUGUUAGUGAGCGCUCUCAUUACGAGUUGAGCCCUUCUAUUACAAAACUUGAGAUACAUUGCAAAAAAAUUGAAGAAAUAUGUCAUCACGAUCGCGAAGAAUUAUGAACCUUCUUAAUGUUUCACAUCUACCUGAUGAAUGGGAAAACAGUUGCGAUAAGGACCCAAACGUCAGCAAUGAAGAAAAAGAGAACAUCCCUUUAAGUUCAACAUCAAAACGUUCGUCGAGAUCGUCAUCUAGUAGUUCCAGUUCGUCUUCUAGCGUCAACAGUAGCAGUUCGUCAUCUUCUAGCAGCAGCUCUUCUUCUCUAGGAACAAGGACGAUUUGUUUCCCAUAUCUUAAAAGGUAA